GCUCAUCCGUGGGUCACAUGACAAUGGAUUAUGACGUCAAUUUCCUGCGACGAGUGUUUCCGCCAGACAUUUCUUCACACGGUCGCUUAUCUCUAAUAUAUAUCCACAGUUUUAGCUCUACGGUGGGAUGUUGGUUUUUAGAUUGUGAGGACUUCUACUCUCCAGUCCCACCUCUCUGACCCAAUGGCCAACCGCCUGCUAGGCAGAUGUGCCCGCCUGAUCUGCAAGUCCUCCUCUCAGGCUGUGUCGGCUGUCAGCACUGUUCGCUUCCAUCCGCCGUUGGGCGGAUCAGUAGAGGUACCAAGGAUUAGAAGCUGGCUAUGGGUCACUGAGAGGCUGCUCUGUGAAAGCCCUGUAACCAAAGAUGAACCUUAUCCCAGUGCUCCUCCUCGCACCCAGCUGGAUGAGACGAUGGAGAAGGCGACAGCUCCAGAGGACAUCCUGUCCACUUGGGAAGCAUAUGGAGGUAAUGGUAAUCAGGCGGCUGUGGCCCUGAUGAAGUGGACUCAGCUAAUGCUUAAGACAAAGGGAAAGUUUAAGGGAGACCAAACGGAAAUCCUGACAGAUUCAAGGCUCAUGGAUAUAAUGGACACUCUGUCAAAACAGGUGUCGCUGGUGUGGAAUGGCAAUCUGGUGACCGUUUUAAGGACCCUCUGGAUCAUGAGGAUUCCCCCUACCCAUCCGUUACUGGCUUCAGUCCAGACGGAAAUCCUCUGGAGAGUCCGCAGGCUAUCCUACAAGCAACUGGGCUUCUUGAUAGACUGGGGAGUAGCCAGGAAAUCUCCACAAGAUGUAGCGAUUGUGAACGCUGCCCUUAAACAGAUGGAGCUGCGAUGGACUGAAAUCGCAGAUGCUAAAACUGUCACUGCUUUGUUAUCCAAAGGAGAACACAUGCCACCUACCUUGAUGGAUAAACUUGAAGACAAGGCUUUGGAGCUCUCGGAAAGCUUUUCAGCAGAAGAUAUUAGGAAGGUCUGUGUAGCUUUGGCAGCACAGAGCCGUAGAAGUGUCCCAUUACUCAGGGCUGUGUCUUACCACCUCCUCCAGAAGCCCUCAUCUGAGUACACCACUCCAUUAAUAAUGGAUCUGGCCUUCGCAUUUGGAAAGCUGAAUUUCAACCAUUCCCAGGUUUUUCAACGAAUUGCCGGCGAGUUGCUCCCCAGAGUUCCUGAGCUCAUUUCCACUGAUGUUACACGCUGUGCCAAGUCAUUGGGCUUUCUUAAAUGGCUCCACAUUCCUCUCUUUGAAGCCUUUGCUGAGCAUUACAUAGCAAACAGUGAGAAGUAUAGCACCCUCCAGCUCUGCAAUCUUCUCAUGACGUUUGCCAGACUUGGCUUCCAGCCGAGCAAAGGAGAGGAGUUUUUUAGCAAGGUUCAUGUUGUGCUGAAAGAGUCUCUCGCGAGCCUGGAGCCUUUUUUGCAGACGGAUGUGGUGUGGUCUCUGUGUAUUUUACAGCAGGCCAAGCCUCAUUAUCUCAUCCCUCUGACUCAAACAAGUCAUGUUGCAAAGCUAUCGGAAGGGAGCCCAGUUCGAGUGGAGAAUUAUAAACUGAAGCUGCUGCACAUUGCUGCCACUCUCCUCUUGGAGCAUCCCGGCUCCUCGGACACCGUCCCGUCUCUCAGCGUCCUGUCUGUCCCAGCCACCAGCUCCUCUUUAACGGAGCUGCAGAGCAGCCUGCGAGAAGUGUUGCAGAGCUUGGUGGGUGGGAAUGAGGGGGCCCUUCGCACAGGUGUCGACACAGUGUUUGGGUGGAGAAUUGAUGGAGAGAUUGUUGUCGACUGCGACAACAAACCAGUUGACAUAUCAAUGUUAAAAGCCCCUCAUCUUCCACAUGGAGGAGGUGACCAGGAUUUGCCUGCAGGGGCAAGACGAUUAGCUUUUUUAGGAUGGGAAUUCCCUAAUUUUGGCUCUAAGAGCAGAGACCUUCUGGGACGCUUUGUCAUGAUGAAGAGACAUCUUCAGUUGGCUGGUUUCAUCCUAGUGGAGGUGCCAUACUAUGAGUGGCUGGAGCUGAAGACGGAGAGGCAGAAACUAGCAUACCUGAAGGACAAAAUGGGGAAGGCUGUGGCGGAGGACAUGGCCAAGUGAACCGAGGAACACUUUCAAAGCCUUAGAGCUUUCUCAAUCCAGCGGGACCCACAGGGAAUGCACACAUCCACCCACGUUCACUCUCGGGUUGGAGCAAGAUCGCAUGUUUUCUCUCUCGUUCCCCUGGCAACAUGUGGGGCUUUCCCUGUUUCCAUGGUAAUGGCGAGUAAAGAGUUUAGGAUGAGAAGAGAGGUUGAAAUAAACACAACAGAGAUAUGAUCUGAUCAAGGACUUUGUCUUUAAAUGUAUAAGUGGUUUGCUGCAACAGAGGUUCUGGAGUUAAGUAAAUUAUUUGGAUGAAGAAUGUAACUAUCAGAAUAUAUUAUAUCUGAUGAUGUGUCAACUAAUAAUAAAAUAAAUA